UUCACACUUAAACUAUGGAGUUAUUUGUCACCCAUGAUAUAUAAAAUAGUAACGACAACUGAGCAACAAAUCCCGUUUACUUUUUUACUUAUUUUUUACUUUAUGAGUGGAGAGAAGUCCGCAAACAUGUAAGUAAUGACUUGUUUAAAAUGGCCAGGGAAAGAUGAAUGUAUCUGAGGCGGACACAGCCGCGCGUAAAUCAGCUUAUAACUUGGAUAUUCGGGUUUUCUAGAUGAGUGAAGAAACCUUGCUUCCCAUUCGCUGGCUGUCUCCUGAAGCGUUGAUGUACGGCAAGUUUACUGUCGGGUCAGACGUGUAUGCUUAUGGUGUGGUACUUUGGGAGAUUUUCACAUUUGGUCUCCAGCCAUAUUAUGGGUAUACCAACAAAGAAGUGAUGGGGUUUAUUCAGAAGGGCAUUCAGCUUGGGAGGCCCGACAACUGUCCCGACUUCAUAUUUGCUGUGAUGAAAGAUUGCUGGUGGGAAGAUCCAGACGAGCGUUUGGAAUUUAGUGAAAUAGAGACGCGUUUGAAUAAUCCGCUCCACAGUUACGACAUGGUUGUUUCUGCAUCAGACAGCGAGGAAGGAGGUGAACACCUGGAUGCAGAGCGGUCAGACACUGGAAAUUCCGACAUUCCCAGAGCAACUCCCUCCACAAGUGAUUACGACAUCCCAGCAACGACAUUUACAUCAGUCGAUGGAAACUACGACGUGCCCCGAUCAUCCGAAUAUGUACACAACGAGAACGCCGACGAAAACUCCGGCAAAGAAAGAGACGUCCCCAAUGACUUUGCGGUAUAGUGUAAUGAGUAUUAUGAGGCUUGUGUUUGUAGCCGACAUAACGCCCGCACUGAUUGGCUAAUUCUAGGCAUUAUUCUCUCAUAGUGCCCACAGGCUGACAAAAACAAAGCAAAAAGCCAUAAACUGAACAACUUAUUAACCUCGAACGUGCGCUAUUUACUGCAUGAAAAUCUCAAACCUCGACCUUUCCGUAUUGACCACGCUAUCGCUUGGUGAAAACGGCAAGGUCUCGGUUUGAAAUCUUCCCGUAAAGACCUCACUCUCGGAUAAUAAGUAGUUAAUAAUGUUAGGGUGGGUAAUAGAGUGAGGCGAAAAGACUUUUCUUUGAAAAGUUAAAACAAGUUUAACUCAAAUUAGAAGUAGACGAGAUAAUUACACAAAUAAGCUUCACUUUUAAUUUAUGUUUAAAUCUGGAACCAGUAAUGAAACGCGUCCCAUACAAUCCCAGGCUGGGUAAUUUUAUCACAGUGUAGGUUUCAAAACGUUUAAGAUUGUGGUUUAUCUUAGUCUAUUAAAUUGCGAGUGUGGCAUCUUAAACUUGUCGGUUUAGUUGCAAAGCUCAAGAAAUUAAUUCUCCUCACCGCACAAAUCAGUUUGAUAUUAGUUAUUACUUAAAUUCUUCUUACCACCUCUGCGGAUAAUAUACUGACAUUACACGAGACAUUUAACCGGUAUCUUUAAAGCUGGAUUUUCUUUUGUCAUUAUUUAAUUUGUUUCUUUAAACUCGAUGACCUUUAUCUCUAAACAUGCUGUUUUCUUACAAGUGGAAUGCGUAAAAUCUUCAAAGCUGCAGUUUUCAUGUUCAGAAGCAGUCUUCGAAUUUCAUUGUUUUAAUAAAAUCGGUAAAAAGCAGAAAACAAGUUGAAUUAAAGCAUAACGAUGACAAUUAGACUUUCCCAUCCCCUCCCAUCCCCUCCCUUCUUUCAGUUUUUGGGCAGAAGGAGGGGAGGGGUACAGUGGGUUGGAACUGAUGGAAUUGUAACUUCGUGUUAAAAUAAAUGUACAAUACUGUUUAAAAUAAAAUGUGUCUGCUUCUUUGGAUUGGUGUUUAGGUUAUAUUAAUAAAACUAUCAGAAAUUUUCUGUUUCACGUAAGUUGUCCUUCAUCAAGUUCUGUGUUCUCAGUAUUUUGUUGUUCUGUUUCUUGUUCAUUUCCGGCACCUUCGUUAUCAGACUCGUCUUCAUUGUCAUCAUCAACAUCGUCUUCGUCAUCAUCAUCAUCAUCAUCGUCGUCGUCGUCGUCGUC